UUUAAUUUAUUUUUAUGAGAUUUUUUAGGUCGGGGACUUUAAGUUAGUCGUCUUUGUAGGUCAAGUUUCUUAACAGCUUGUUUAAGAUUGGUAUGGGUAGUUUCUGUUCCUUUUCAUAAAUGAUCACGAUAUAAGGUUGCUUGUUGUAAUUAACUUAUUUAAAUACUUUGUAAUCGAGUCUAUGAUUAUUAUAUCUAAACUGCAAUCCGGCUGUCGUGGAAUAUCUAUCGUAGAAUAAAGAUUAUAAGCUGGAUGUCUUAUUAAAUAAAUUUGUGUUGAGUAUAUAUUGUACAGCAUUAUUUAAAAAAGUGCGUUAGUAGUUGACUAAUCUAAGUAUCUUUUGUUCUUUAUUUGUCCCAGUUUUAUUGUCUGGUGUAUGGUAUCUUGCGUGAUGCUCUUAAGAGUUGGACUGUGAUUUUACAACACUGAGUCUGUAGCUAGUACCUCAGUAAACUUUGCUAAGAUAGUGGUGAAUUCGGAUACUUUAAAAUAUCUCCCGUAUUUUUACUUUACACUUUCUCGUCCCUCUGUAUAGUUAUGAUAGCUAGCAUAGCAGAUAUGUAGUGAUAGAAAUGCAUAUGCUAGUAUGUUUACAUUAUUUGUAUCUCCCUUGCAUGCCUCCGGUAAGAGAUAACAGGGUCCAUAGCAGACUUGGGGCAAAAGUGGCCAAGGGAGUUAGAAAGGGGGACCUGCCAGCGAUAAAAGGUAAAUACUUUGAAGAGGUUAGCCUACACACCUACCCGCAGUUGACGCAGGAAGUCACUAGUUCAGAAAUAAGCUGUCACAUUUAUUUGUUGCGAUGUUUUUUAAUGCGUUAGUAAACUGGCAUUUGAGAAGUAUUUUCCAUUUUACGCAAGAAGAUACAGCUGCAACUACUUGCUCUGUUCGUUUAUUAUGCACUUAAUUAGAUAAAUGUGAACUCAGAUUCGCUAGAUUUUAAGGAAACUUUGUACUGGUACUGUAUAUAAACCUGAAGAAAGAUUGUCCCGACUAUGUCAGCGUCUACUUUUAAGAAUAAAUGCGUCUCUGUUCUUUGCUGUCGAUUCUGUGAGCAAGUCCUUUGUGUCCGAGGUAUGCAAGCAGUUUUGUUGGCCGAUACAGAUAUUGAAUUGUAUUCCACCGAUAUACCUCCUACCAGUGCAACUGAUUUUGUUGGAACUUGCUACUCCACUGAAAUAUGCAAAUGCAAGCUGAAGGAUAUUGCAUGCUUGAGGUGUGGUAACAUUGUGGGAUAUCAUGUGGUAGUACCAUGCAAACCUUGCCUCCUUUCUUGCAAUAAUGGACAUUUCUGGAUGUUUCACAGUGAUGCAAUUCUUGUGAACAACAGACUGGAUUCCUCUGGCGUGAAUCAACUUUUAUGGGGCAAUCUACCUGAAACAGAGGAAAAUGAAGAUGAAGAAGCAUGUUGUCUCUUUGAGAAGUAUAUCAGAUAAGAAAUGUAGCUCUCAUCCCUUAUCGCGUUUGGAAUCUUCAGUUUUUGUCACGUAAAGCAGAAAUGAUAGCAAGAGGAAUUUAAAGAAACCAAGUCUCAUUUACAGCGUUAUUUUUUUUUUAAUAUCUACCUUUUUCCCUUGAUGUGAGUCUCGACUGUUUUUACAAAGUGAAUACUGUUAAAACAGCCCAAAUAUGGCUGUUAAAUGCAUGCUGUUUUUUCCAGAUGCAGUAUACAUGACUGCUAACAAUGCUGUUUUUUCUGGGUGCAGUAUAUGUGGCUACUAACAACCUCUUCUGCUGAUUAUACGAUUUGUUCCAGGCCUCCAUUUAAUACAGAAUGAAUGCCAUUCUAUGUUAAAGACCUUGGCCAUCGUGCAAGGACUGGUGCUGGCUGUCAUUUAUGACUCUUUUUAGUUACUUUAAAUCAAGCCACAGUCAUCCACUAGUGUAGAAUACUGUUAAAAAUGGCUGCACAGUCAGGCAGCCUAAAGAAGGGAACAGUAUGAAAAGUGCAGACACCCUGAGGUUGUCAGACUAGCUGUAAUGCCAGCUAUAAGAGACAUUCAUGAUAGAACAUUUAAAUAAACAGUUUCUCAGAUGUUUAUUUAAAUUAGUCCUGUAUGUGAUGUUAUUUAAAUAUUCUUGGUAAUAUAAUUAUUUGGGGCAACAUUUCUUUUGAUAUAUCGGUAUGUUUUAAAUUGUGAUGUAGAUGAAUAUGUUGUAACUUUUUUGUGCCAGGAGAGUAUGACUACCUUUUUGCUUGUACAUAAAAUAUUUUUAUACUUUUUUAUAAUAUUGAAGAUGUACUUUAUUUGGAUGCCCUUCUGUGUUAUAUCUGGUGAAUGCAUACACUCCAUUACCAAAUGUUAUCUGCAGAAGUUGUGCAAGACACUCCAUUGGGUAUCCUCAGUUUACAGUUUCUUCUGUCCCUCUGCAUGGUAGUAAGGCACCAUCUCCCAAGUUUAGGCUGUACCUCCUAGAACCCUGUGCCAAUUCAGCUUCUACUGCUUUGUCAGCAUAUUUUAAGGCAGUUAAGGGGGUUCCUUUGAAGUAAAUAUGUAGCAAAGGUGGGUCUAUAUCACAUUAUCGGAUGAUGAAAAGAGCAAACGCCCUUUCAUCGAUCUGAUAAUGUCGAAAGGAGAAAAAAGCAAAGUCAUGGAACAUUGAUUUUUUUUUCCCAGGGAAAAAAAUCAGUGGGCUGUCUUCAGGACUUUGCCAUUUCCUCCACUAUGGUGCAAUCUCAGAAUUGGUAUAUUUAAGUAGGGGGGAGUGUUCCGUGUGUUCGCUUUUUUAUUUCGAUGUUAUCGGUUUGAUGAAAGAGCGUUUGCUCUUUUCAUCGUGCGAUAAUAUGAUAUAGAUGUGCAAAGGCAGGCUUUGGACUUAAUAGGUAUUGGAAUGUUAAGUGGUCUUUAAACUGUUUAACUGUGAACAGGUGAUAUUGCACUGUCACUGGCUUAUCCUUCUAUAAAUUACUGUUGAAGCUACAGAUAAUGAACUUUUUGCCAAAAAAUUUAGCAGUAGAAUUAUAUUCUUUGUUGGAUUUACACUUGCUGGCAGUGGAAAACUACUCAGACUCACUAAUGUUUGUAACGAAGGGAGUCCAUAUUUUCUUUAUGUUGUGGGUAAUGCCCUUCUAACAUGGCGAUCCUUAAGCAGUGA